CCAAGCCUCGGCGGAGCGCCAUCGACCUCUGAGCGGCGUACUGAGCCCUUGGCAACAGUCCGCUACAGGCUCUCAACUUGGCAAAUAAGCAACACCAGCCCUUUCAGCGGGGUUGGCAUUUCUUGCGUGGUCCACAUGCGGACUUGGUCAUUUACCAAGACUUGGUCGUGUUUCGCUCGUUCAAAUACAGCGCCGCCCUGUUUGACCUUUUGCCUUUCCAAAGCUUUCGUUUUGAAGAUUUGCUCCGUCAUCCUUCAUAGUCACUCGUUCAGACUCCAUUGUUAUUGUUUUCCUAGUACUUUUAAUUGCACGCAUUCUUCCCUUUUUUCCCCUCCUACCGUCAUCAAUACUUGCUACCACACAAAAUGAAGAGUUUCGCCACUAUUGCCGCUCUCGCGGCAGUCGUUGCCGCCAAGGGCAGCCUGACCCCCAUCGAAGUCAAGGGCAACGCCUUUUGGAAAGGCACCGAGCGAUUCUACGUCCGUGGAGUUGCUUACCAGCCCGGUGGUGCUGCUGAUGCUAAGGACCCUCUUCUCGACCUCGAGAGCUUGAAGCGUGAUGUCGACAACUUCAAGAAGCUCGGUAUCAACACCAUCCGUAUCUACACCAUCGACAACUCCAAGAACCACGAUGAGGGCAUGAAGAUGCUUGAUGAUGCUGGCAUCUACCUCGCUCUUGACGCCAACACCCCCAAGUACUCGCUCAACCGUGAGAACGAAGACACUCUUCGCGCGUCUUACAACGAGGAGUACCUCCGAUCCGUCUUCGCCACCGUGGACGCUUUCCAGGACUACAGCAACUUGAUGGUCUUCUUCUCCGGAAACGAGGUCAUCAACGCCAAGAACAACUCCAACGCUGCUCCCUUCAUCAAGGCCGUCACCCGUGACAUGAAGCAGUACAUCUCCAACCGCUCUCCCCGCACCAUUCCCGUCGGCUACUCCGCCGCCGAUGUUUCCGAGAUCAUCGAACAGCAAGCUCUCUACUUUGACUGCGGAACUGAUGACGAGCGUGCCGACUUCUUCGCCUUCAACGACUACUCGUGGUGCGACUUUGAGGACAAGCUCCAGACCUUCGAGGGUGCUGGCUGGAAGACCAAGAUGGAGACUUACAAGGAUUUCCCCAGGCCCAUCUUCCUUUCCGAGCACGGUUGCAUUGAGCCCAACCGCCAGUGGGGUGAGGUUGCUGCCAUUUACUCCGACAAGAUGAGCUCCGUCUACUCCGGUGGUCUUGCCUACGAAUACACUGUCGAGCCCAACGGUUACGGUAUCGUCGAUCUCAAGGAUGGAAGCAUCGAGACCAACGAGGACUUUGACUCGCUCAAGGAGGCAUACUCCAAGGCCAAGGACCCCAGCGGUGACGGAGGCGCCAAGACUAGCGGAACUCCCUCCAAGUGCCCUCCCAAGGACAAGAACUGGGAGGUUGAGGGUACUCUUCUCCCUGCUAUUCCCGCCAAGGCUGUUGCUUUCAUGGACAGCGGUGCCGGCACGGCUCCUGGUCUCGAUGGUAAAGGCAGCCACUUCGCUGGAACCCCAUCCAAGGGCACUGCUACUCCCGGAUCUGGCCAGGCUACCCGCACUCCCGACGGCCAAGCCGCCCCUGUUAACAACGGUGGCAACGGUGCCAGCGCCGCCAACAACGUUGAGAUUCCCAUGAAGUUCUUCGGCAUGGUUGGCGCCAGUGUGCUUUUGGGCGCUGCUUUGAUGUUUUAA